AGUGAAGGACUUUGGCGCCUUUGUGAACUUGCUUGGUGUGAAAGGCAAGGUGGAUGGCUUGGUACAUGUUUCGGCCAUGCAGGAAGGAGCGCGUGUUAAUCAUCCUUCCGAUUUGGUAUCUCGCGGCCAGCCGGUUAAGGUCAAGGUGGUUAGCAUUCAAGGCUCUCGAAUUGGGCUGUCGAUGAAGGAGGUGGAUCAGGUUACUGGUCUUGAUCUGAUCCCUCAACGGCGUCUGGCGUCCGGCGCAAAUAUGGAGCGUCUUGACGGCAUGACCGGAAAGGACAGAUAUGGUAACCUGAGUUCGGAGGUGCCGGUUAUUGAAGAGUCGGAUGGAAAGCCUAUGAAAAAUAGGAAGCGCAUGACCUCUCCUGAGAGAUGGGAGAUCAAGCAAUUAAUUGCAUCCGGCGCUGUCUCCGCAGCAGAUUAUCCUGACAUCGAUGAGGAAUACCAUGCCACCUUGACAGGCGAAGGCACGUUUGAGGAAGAGGAGGAUGUCGACAUUGAAGUCAGGGAUGAGGAACCGCCUUUCCUGGCUGGUCAGACUAAGAUGUCUCUGGAACUCUCUCCGAUUAGGGUCGUGAAGGCUCCCGAUGGCUCUAUGAACCGGGCUGCGAUGGCAGGAACUAAUCUGGCCAAGGAGCGACGAGAUAUCAGGCAGCAGGAAGCUCAGGACAAAGCAGCUGAGCAAGCUGCGGCGGUCGACCUCAACGCGCAGUGGCAGGACCCCAUGGUUGCGCCUGAAGAGCGGAAAUUCGCAGCUGAUCUGCGGAGUACCCAGCAGUCCAAGCCGGACGACUCGGUUCCCGAGUGGAAACGGGUCACGAUGGGCAAGAACCAGUCCUUCGGAAAGCGGACCAGCAUGUCCAUCAAACAGCAGCGUGAAAGUCUGCCUGUCUACAAGUUCCGCAAGCAACUUCUCGAUGCUGUACGCGACAAUCAGUUGUUGAUUGUUGUCGGAGAUACUGGGUCCGGAAAGACGACGCAGGUAACGCAGUACCUGGCUGAGGGAGGCUAUGCAAACAACGGUAUCAUCGGUUGUACGCAGCCUCGUCGUGUGGCAGCCAUGUCUGUUGCCAAACGUGUGGCGGAAGAAGUCGGCUGUAAACUCGGCGCGGAGGUUGGAUACACGAUUCGUUUCGAAGAUUGCACGAGUCCUGAUACCAAGAUCAAGUACAUGACUGAUGGUAUGCUUCAAAGAGAAGUCCUUCUUGACCCGGAUUUGAAGAAGUACUCUGUUAUUAUGCUUGACGAAGCUCACGAACGAACCAUCGCCACGGAUGUUCUCUUCGGACUGCUCAAGAAGACCAUCAAGCGAAGACCGGACCUCAGACUCAUUGUUACUUCGGCUACUCUGGAUGCUGAGAAGUUCUCCGAGUACUUCAACGGUUGCCCUAUCUUCUCCAUUCCUGGUCGUACGUUCCCUGUCGAGAUCAUGUACUCGAAGGAGCCCGAGUCCGACUAUCUUGAUGCGGCUCUCAUCACAGUUAUGCAAAUUCACCUGACGGAGCCCUCGGGUGAUAUACUGCUCUUCUUGACAGGACAAGAAGAAAUCGAUACUGCCUGCGAGAUUCUAUACGAACGGAUGAAGGCUUUAGGGUCAACAGUACCGGAGUUGGUCAUUCUUCCUGUCUACUCUGCUCUUCCGAGUGAAAUGCAAAGUAGGAUUUUUGAGCCUGCGCCGCCAGGAGGUAGGAAGGUUGUCAUCGCCACAAACAUUGCUGAGACGUCCAUUACCAUUGAUAAUAUCUACUACGUCAUCGAUCCUGGUUUCGUCAAGCAGAACGCCUACGAUCCCAAGCUGGGUAUGGACUCUUUGGUAGUCACGCCAAUUUCGCAGGCCCAGGCGAAGCAACGUGCUGGCCGUGCAGGAAGAACCGGUCCCGGAAAAUGCUUCCGGUUGUACACUGAAGCCGCAUACCAGUCAGAGAUGUUGCCAACCACGAUCCCCGAAAUCCAACGUCAGAACCUUUCACACACUAUCCUCAUGCUCAAGGCGAUGGGCAUCAACGAUUUGCUGCACUUCGACUUCAUGGAUCCUCCGCCAACGAAUACUAUGCUUACUGCCUUGGAGGAACUGUAUGCACUGUCGGCUUUAGAUGACGAGGGUCUUUUGACUCGCUUGGGCAGAAAGAUGGCAGACUUCCCAAUGGAGCCGGCCCUCGCCAAGGUUCUCAUCGCAUCGGUCGACAUGGGAUGCUCGGAGGAGAUGCUGAGCAUUGUGGCCAUGCUUUCCAUUCAGUCGGUCUUCUACCGUCCCAAGGAAAAGCAGCAGCAAGCGGAUCAGAAGAAGGCCAAGUUCCACGAUCCCCAUGGCGACCAUUUGACCCUUCUCAACGUCUAUAACGGAUGGAAACACUCCAACUUCAACAAUGCCUGGUGCUUUGAGAACUUCAUCCAGGCACGUCAGAUUCGCCGUGCGCAGGACGUCCGUCAGCAGCUGCUUGGUAUCAUGGAUCGCUACCACCACAAGAUCGUCUCCUGCGGAAGAAACACCCUCAAAGUACGCCAGGCACUUUGUACGGGGUUCUUCCGAAAUGCAGCUCGCAAGGACCCUCAGGAAGGGUACAAGACUCUUGUCGAGGGCACACCGGUUUACAUGCAUCCCAGUUCGGCACUGUUUGGCAAACCCUCCGAGCAUGUCAUCUACCAUACUCUUGUUCUUACGACGAAGGAGUACAUGCACUGCACAACUUCCAUCGAGCCCAAGUGGCUUGUUGAGGCCGCUCCGACUUUCUUCAAGGUGGCACCCACUGAUCGUCUGUCGAAACGUAAGAAGGCCGAGCGGAUUCAGCCUCUCCACAACCGCUUUGCCGGCGAGGAUGAUUGGCGUCUAUCCGCACAGAGACGGCAGGGUCGUGGUGGAGGUGGUGGUACCUGGGGUUGAUCUUCGGAAUUUUCAUGGCUACCUAUUCCACUCCUCUUGCUUUGGCAUUUUUCUUUCCCUUUUAAUACCAUUCUUCGGGCAUAUAUAUGGUAGUUUAAAACAUACCCCUUACGAAUCUUGAUGCGACGCCAGAUGGCUCGCUUUUUUCACUCUUGGGCUAGAGAUGUAUUCUAAUGAGAUAUUUGUGAAUGUAUCGAAUAGACUGAUUGUUGCUUACGG